AUGGAUUCCGUCAAGGGUUCCCACCGGGCGUUUAUUGCCCUGGGGAGCAACAUGGGUGAUCGUGUGGACAUGAUUGAAAAGGCAUGCCUUGAAAUGGACCGAGCGAAUAUCAAAGUGAAGAGGACAAGCUCGCUCUUUGAGACGGCGCCCAUGUAUGUUCUUGACCAAGAUCCUUUCAUGAAUGGUGUUUGUGAGGUGGAAACGACCAUGGAACCCCUCGAAUUACUAGACGCCAUUCAAUCCAUUGAGGUAAAAUUAGGGCGAAAGAAGUUAAUCGACAAGGGCCCGCGAUCAAUUGAUCUGGAUAUCCUCCUGUACGACGACCAGGUCUUCUCUCAUGAGCGACUUAACAUUCCGCAUAAAUUGAUGCUUGAACGCGACUUCGUCCUCCGACCCCUUUGCCAACUCAUCCCCCAUGAAAAACCACCCGGCCAUACCACAACCUACCUCUCCCACUUCAACUCCCUCCCGCCUCCAUCCCCAGUCCCCAUAACAACAACCCCCAUCUCCGCAACCUUUCCACCCUUCCACUCCACCCUCCCAACCCGUCCAACCCACAUCAUGGCCAUCCUAAAUCUAACCCCAGACUCCUUCUCCGACGGCGGCCUUCACUCCCCCACAGACUUCUCAGCCCUCACCACCACAGUUCAGCAUUUCAUCACGUCCGGCGCAACAAUCAUCGACAUCGGUGGUGAAAGCACACGCCCGGGCUCCGUCCCCGUCGGUGAAGAAGAAGAACUCGCGCGCGUGAUCCCAGCCAUCGAACAUAUCCGCACGUCAAUCCCUGAAGCUAAGAACAUCGCCAUCAGCAUCGACACCUACCGCGCGCGUGUUGCAGAGGAAGCAUGCAAAGCGGGUGCGGACAUAAUCAACGACGUCUCAGCGGGUCUCCUAGACCCAGACAUGCUUUCCACGAUAGCCCGGACAGGAAAAUCAGCCAUUCUGAUGCACAUGCGCGGCACACCAGACACUAUGACAAAGCUAACCGACUACCCGAACGGCGUGAUCAAAGACGUUGGAACCGAGCUCGCCGACCGCAUCGCCGCAGCCGAAGAAGCUGGUAUCCGUCGCUGGCGCAUAAUUCUCGACCCGGGACUAGGCUUCGCGAAGAGCCAGCCAGAGGACCUCACCAUCCUCCGUGAACUACAACGGCUCCGCACGGGCAUUGAAGGACUGGAGUACCUCCCAUGGCUGAUGGGGCCUAGUCGGAAGCGGUUCGUGGGAAGUAUCACGGGCGUGACGAAAGCUAGUGAGCGUACUUGGGGGACUGCAACGACUGUUACGGCGAGUGUUGUGGGAGGUGCGGACAUUGUGCGGGUUCAUGAUGUCAAGGAAAUGUGGCAGGUUGCGAAAGUUGCGGAUGCGAUUUAUCGGGUUGAGUAG